UGGGAGAAGGUAAAUGGCUUUGAAGACGUCAGCACAGUAGAGGAUUAUGACACAGGCUUCGCAGCCUCCCGCAUAGAAGCGCAGGACGGCUGCUUCGUCCGCCAGGUGACCAACACCUUGGAGGAGCAAGAGGCCUUCCUAGCGGCACACCAGAACACCACCCACGACAUCCAGCCGGCCACCGAUGUCAACGUGAUGGCCGUGCCCUUGGAAGACCCCGAGGGCACCAUAGGCGAGACCCUGGUCGACUUCUGCGGGGAGCUGCCAGUCUACAAGAUGGUGAAGUCGGAGGCGAGAAGGAGGAGGAAGGGGAAGAGUCGGAGGAAAGUGAAGAGUCGGGGGAAGAGAAGGGCGUGGCGAGGAGGCAGGUGAAGGUGUCCUUCAGGCUGUGUUACCUCCUUUUCUUUUACCCGAUAUGCACCGUCACCACCGUCGUCAUUCCCACGGGGAUUUCCAUCGUCUUCCCCUGGUUCUGCCUCCCCUUCAAGCUGCCCUUCGUAUUCUUCGGUUAAGGGCCCCCCGGAUGCUGGCAAGGACGAGGACCUUUAGGAAUGAAUGAUUCUGGCGACCUCUGUGACUUUAGGAUUGAUGAUUCUGGUGGCCAUGAGGAUUAAUGAUUCUGGUGUCCAUGAGGAUUAGUGGCUGUGAUGAUUAGUUGUUUCGAUGAUGUAUACACAAUUGUCUAUUAAAGUGCAAUCAUGAA